AUGGAAAUGUUUGCUGACGGUCAAAGCCUUGGAACGGACAGUGAUUGGAAAAUACCCACCACCUACCUUGUGCCAGGAAACACUCGAGUUCUGUCGGUGGUCGGGAGAAAAACUUCAGGAAAGUUCUUUGGAAUAAUUGGCUCCACUAGCCACGGACUGGUAACUGACGGAACCUGGAAAUGCAGCAGCGACCUGCAUGUCGGAUGGAAUUCCCCGGAUUUUGAUGACCAGGACUGGCCUUUGGCAAAAGUUGUUGGAAUCAAUGGGGACAAACCCUGGUACACAAUAGAUGGCAUAUCAGAGACGGCUAAGUGGAUAUGGGCCAAGGAGGACAAAGACUAUGUUUACUGUAGGCUGAAACUAAAGUAA